CACUUUUAAUGUUGUUUCUCCAGCCGAUGGUUGCAUUUGGAGCAUACGACAAGCCCAGGCUUCAGGCACAGUAAAUAAGUUCACUUUCUUAGCGUAACUUUUAUACUAUCGCUCAGUUUUUGACGUCACAUUUAGAUGGCAGCCGAUUGCUCUGCACUCUCCAACAAAUGCUCAAAAUUUUCCUGUUUAUGGAGUUAAAAGCAGUAUGUCGCACUAAAAAAAAGAACACCGUGUAACUUUUGGACCAACUUUGUGCCGUUCACUUUAAGGGACCGUCGCUAAAUGUGUCGCCGCAGCUAGGCGGAGUGUCGGUGACAGCCGUUCCCUCUUCCUGCGCCGCUUUAAGUGAAAGGGGGGCGCCUUGAAACCUCCAUGUUUGUAUCUUGAAAUUGCGAACGGAGUUGAGCUCCAUGUUGAAUCAAAGUUGCCAACUCUUUUAAACAAAUGUUUGGUAACUUUGUAACUUCUUAUGUCAGCGGCUUAGCGAGCGGAGUUCAUGGAGGCGCUUUAGGAGACUGCUUUGCCACUUUUCCGGCGCCUUUCAGUUUUCUUCUCGUACAUGUUUGCUUCAUGCAGCAGCAGCAGCGGAACAAUCCCUAAGUUUAGCGCGUGAGGUCCGGACCUGGACGUGAUGGACAAUCCGUCCUCAAUAAUCACCCAAGUGAGCCGGGAUGAGGAGGGAAGUAAAACUGCAUCGGAGAGGGGUUCUUCUCCCUCCCUGUCGUCCAAGAAGCCCAGAAGCAGAGGGCUGUUCUCUGGCCUGUUCUGCUGCCUGUGUCGGCACCAUCAAGAACCUCCACCUGUCAACAACAACGCCCCUCUGUUAGUGGAGGAGAACGGGACUGUGUCGAAGGUGAAGCCACUGCUGCCUCCAGUAAAGUCAAAAGACUCUGGGAAGAUCUGUGUGGUUAUAGACCUGGAUGAGACGUUAGUUCACAGCUCUUUUAAGCCUGUGAACAAUGCAGAUUUCAUCAUUCCCGUGGAAAUAGACGGAACAGUCCACCAGGUGUAUGUCCUGAAGCGACCACAUGUCGACGAGUUCCUGAAGAGGAUGGGAGAACUCUUCGAGUGUGUCCUGUUCACUGCCAGUUUAGCAAAGUAUGCAGACCCAGUCUCUGACCUCCUGGACAAGUGGGGUGCGUUCCGCUGCCGCCUCUUCAGGGAGUCGUGUGUUUUCCACAGAGGCAAUUAUGUCAAGGACCUGAGCCGCCUGGGUCGCGAUCUUAACAAAGUCAUUAUUGUUGACAACUCCCCCGCCUCCUACAUCUUCCAUCCUGACAACGCAGUUCCCGUGGCUUCUUGGUUCGACGACAUGUCUGACACCGAGCUUCUAGACCUCAUCCCGUUCUUCGAGAGGCUGAGCAAAGUGGACAACGUCUACACGGUCCUCAAACAACAAGGGACUCCAAGCUAACGGCGUUCGAACCUUCAUUUCAGCUCCGAACAAAAAGAAAAGAAAAAAAAAAAAAAAAAAGAAGCAGCGUAGAAACAAACAAACAAUUAAUCUAUAUAUAGAAAAAAAAAGACGAAAAUGCACACAAACCAGCCCACACGGACACAACGCUGCUUCCCACUCUCCCAGAAUCAACCCUGCGCCGCCACCUUGUGGCCGAACACGGAACCUCUUUGUAAAAAAAAUGAUGGCUGAAUGUUUGAUGCCAGUUUUCCAGGGUCGGAGGACGUGCAGCCAUGAAUCCUCUGGCCUCCACCUGGGUACUGGACGCAGAUCCCUCCACAGGAUGCUCCUUCUGACCGAUCAGAACGAGUUUACAUGAAAACAUGCCUGGAUCGGUCACUGAAAGGGCAAAUGACACACAUGCCCCCACACAUUGGUAAUGACUUUAAAACAGCAUUAAUAACGCACCACACAUCCUUUUUUCUCUAUUUUUUUUGUGUGUUUUAAGUAAUCAAGGCAGUGUUAAAAAAAACAAAAUUUUAUUCAGAUUCAUUACAGCUUGAGCUGUAAGAGUUGAAAAUAUAUUAAAACAUAAGUGAUUGGACAGCACUUUAAUGUUUGAUGUGUAGUCUAUGGUGGGAAUAUUCACUGCAAUGUUUAAACGAUUGUUUUUGCACAAUUGGUGCACCAAUUUUCG